AUGGAGACCACUCAUUUAGUGACAGAAUUCAUCACCCACACCGGAGCCAAUACGCAGGACGCAGUCAGCUGUCUGAAAUCUUGGGAAUGGGAUCUGAAGAAGGCUUUAAUAGAUUACAAUGAUACGUCAACAAAUGAAUAUUUUAACAAUAAAAAAAACGAAAAUGAUGGUUUGAUGAAUGCACGAUCAUCCGCACCACCGUCAUCAUCGUCUCAUUUGCACGGAUCCACCGUAUCCUGCUCGUCGACGGGUGGAUCCAUCAUUUCGUCGCUGCCGAGCGCCACAUCUUCCGCGCCAGUGUUCAGUAAUCAGCGCCACCAGCAACAACUGCACCACCAUCACCACCAGCAGCAACCGUACCAUCAAUAUCCGAACGGUGCUCCGAGCGGCGGUGUAAUCAGAAACGGUGUGGUUUGUGGUGGCAGUAACAGCAGCAGUACCAGUAGCAAUAGUAGUGCAAUUUUGCAUGUUCAAACACCACCAACGACGGUGAAAUCCUCGACAGCCUCGCUGGGUGGGGCAGCCGUUAAUCCGCACCGUCAACAUCAAUAUCAUCCGCACUACGGCAUUGCUGCAGCAGGGUCGCUGGCGGGAAAUGACACUUCCGAACGGUGCAGUAACGGAGGCGGCUGUAUCAAUCCUGCGUCCCACGCCACUCGACCGUCGGCCUCGCAACUGAAACCGAUGCUAACCAAAGCCGAUUCGGUUGACAUUUUCGAUUGUAAGAAGCUGGAACGAGGAAUCUCCCGCGCGACCGAAAAUGUGACACUCGUAUUCCGAGCGAGGCAAGAGUUUGAAAUGGAUUUCCACGCGCACAUCCACGAACAGAACGACAAAAAUCUAAACUUUAUCGACACCCCGGACUACACGUUCACGCUGCCGGACCUGACAAAGUAUACGGAUGAUUUUCGGAAAUUCCUCGAAAAGGAUCUUAUUGAAAGCUCGACGCUGAACUCGCUGGAAGCAACGAAUCGGCUGAACUGGUGGUACGAAUCCGGUGCCUGCCGGAAGCUGUGGCCCCUGGCGACGACGGGCGAUGGCAACUGUUUGCUCCAUGCAGCGUCCCUCGCCAUGUGGGGCUUCCAUGACCGGCGGCUAACGUUGCGCCGCACGCUGCACGAUAUUCUGUCGAAGGAAGAGUUCCGGGACGCGCUGUACCGUCGGUGGCGGUUCCAGCAGACGCGCGUCAACCGGCAGGCGGGCUUUGUGUUUUGCGAGAGUGAGUGGGCCAAGGAGUGGGAAGAAAUUGUGGCGAUUGCGUCGCCCGAGCCGAGGCGCAAUUCGAAAAGCACCGGCCCGUCACGGCGGCGAUCGUUGCUGAUCGAGAAAAGCUUCGACGCCCUCGGCUCGAACGUGACCGGACCGGACGAUGAGAACGCCACGUACGAGAGCCUGGAAGAGAUCCAUGUGCUUGCGCUGGCGCACAUUCUGCGACGUACCAUCAUCGUAGUGUCGGACGUGUUUCUGCGGGACAUCAAUGGUGAAGCGUUUUCCCCGAUACCGUUCGGGGGGGUGUAUUUGCCGUUCGAGGUGCCGUCGAACGAGUGUCACCGGGCGCCGUUGCUGCUGGCGUACGAUAUGGCACACUUUUCGGCGCUCGUGGCCAUGGAAGCACCGAACGAUAGUCCCCCGGCUUUGAUACCACUGGUGGACGCGUCGAACCAACUGCUGCCGAUACAGUUUUGUAUUGAUCCCGGUACAGACUUUAACUGGCGCGAGUACGACGGCAGUGACGGCAAUUGGACGCUAACCGACCGCGAGCACAUAGCGCUGCUGAAGGAGUAUCUCGACAUUGUGCACGCCACCGGCAUCGAGAGUCCGGACGAUGAGAUCUACUACGACGACUAUUCGGACGAUGAGUACGAAAAGAAACUGGGCGAAGGGGAGCUCGGAUUCGCCGCGGAUGAGCAUUACAAUAACAACACCAUCGUUGGGACCAUCGGGCCGGGCACUGCGACCGCCAGUACGGCGGCAACAACGACAUCGACCACCGUUUCGUCGAUGACGGCCUCCAACCAAUCGCUGCCACCCGGUGGUGCUGGUAGUGGCAAAGAUGCCGGGGGCAAAAGUAAGGCCGCCAAGCAGCUGCAGAGCGUGGCGAAGCAGUUCGGUAGUAUUGGCAAGUCGAUGAGCCGGAAGCUUCGCAAAAACAUUGGCUCGAUAACGCGCAUCGGCAGCAAGAAUAGUGGCAGCGGUGGCAGCAAGAAGGCACACCUCCACGACAAAAGCGGCGGCCGUGGAGAGUGCUACCCUCGGUUUCGCAUUCUCUGUGCGCAGCUGAAGUCCCGCCGGCACGAGUACCAGGAGGAAAUGAUCAAGAAUUAUCUCGAGUGCGCGCAGGAACGCUACCUGGAGGCGGAAAAGACGCGCGAACGCAAGGAAUUGGAGCGGAUGACCAAGUAUGUGGCCGAGGCAGGGAGUCAGGUGCAUCAUCACGAGCAGGAUGAUGAUGGCAUCGGAUGCGGAGACGGUGGUGGUGUUGGUGUUGGUGGCGUGUCGGAAGUCGAUGGAGGAGACAUGGUGAACUGUAUCAAUGCCAACUGUCUCAAAUAUGGCACGGCAGCCACCAGUUACAUGUGCCUAGAAUGUUACGAGACGCAGUGCAAGCGGGAGUCGCACUGCAACAGUGGCGGAAGCAAUCUUUACUCGCCCGAUUACACCCCUCGCUAUGGGACGGGCAAAUCGCGGUUCUAUGCGGAAGCCGACAUGGAAGCCCACGACCGGAUACAGAGGCUCCCGUCGGCGAGGCGACUGAACGAUCUCGAUCAAACGCUCUAUCUGUCACGGUCCACUUUCUACAAUGACACGCGACCGAACGAAGCGCUGCACGCAUCGUCGGUAGGUGGACAGCAGCAAGUCUCCUACGGUCAAGCAGUGCUGGUAGCACCCCCGUCGGAGUCGAGCGGUUCCGUGCUGCCAAGUAGUCAGCCACCUCCUCACCACCACCAUCACCAUCAUCACCACGUUGUCGGUGUUGGUGGCGUUGAAAGCCAGGUACCGGCACAACAUUCGCAACACCAGGCCAGCCAGCCACGAGCUUCCUAUCGGUGGGGACCCGAUAAUGUGCAGCAGUUUGCAGCACCCGAGUACACUAAUUGUGCCAAACCACCCAUUGGUUCCGGUGCCAUGGCUGCCGCUUCGAGCGGAAUGGUAGCUUCCAUUUACUCGCCCGGCGGAACCAACAACAGUAGCAACACCAAUCUGGCAUACAAUCGGCAAACGACGGCAAAGUGUGUGGUCAAUCUUCCUCCCGUUUCGACGGGCAGCGGUGCUCAGUCAUCAGGCAUUGACAUCGGGAAACCACCGCAUCCGUCUUACGCCGGCAGUGGCGUCUCGUCCAGUGCUAUUGAAGCUUCCAGAUCGGUACAACCAUUUUCUUCCUCCUCAUCGUCAUCUUCCCUUGGUGGUAGCGGCGGCGGCGGUGGUGGCAACAACGGCGGCCUCCAACAGACACCAAUUGUUGUAAACAGCAGCCACUACGGCAAGAAUCAACUUUGCCGUACCGAAGGGUGCAAGUUCUACGGUAGCAUCAAUACCAACUUCUAUUGCUCGAAAUGCUGUCAGGAGUACAACAUUUAGGAGCUGUAAGACAUUUACCAUCUACAUCACCACGUUUUCAUCGCAAGUUUUAGUUCUUUCCAAGAGAAACACAAGCAAACGACACAAACUUACACAAACUGUUCUUGUUCUACCAACUUGUGUGUGACGGACAAUGUUUCAGAGAGGCGUAAGCAAACCAAAUUGGAAGAUAAAAGCAAACCAAACAACAAACAAGUGAAAAAAACACACACACAAGAGAAAUACGAAAGAUACAGGAACACAAAGAUUAUAUUGGCUGUUGAUGUAGCUUAGCAUAGUAGAGAAGUCAGUGAAAUUGUGAUAUAUUGUAGGUCAUAUCCACGGUGAAUAUGGACAUAUUCAUUCAAUCAAAUGUGUGGUUUUUUGCUAUUGAUGUUCAAGUGUUCGAUAGAGGGUGCGCGUGUCCGUGGAGGCGUUUACUUUUGGUCAAUCUGUUGAGAUUUUAGUGUACUGCACUGGCUUUGUUGCUUCAGUAUUCCGCAGACCAGAAGAGAGUGAUGCAGGGAUGCAGACAGUGCACAGGCGGUGUUUCGCGUGGUGUCUCGGGCGGCUUCGUUUUCGAUUUCUAUCCGUAGUUCUUUUUUGAUAGUUGGAAGAAACACAGAUUUAACUUCGUCGACAUUAGCUUUUUACCACACGUACGCGGUCGUUGUGCUUCUAACUAUAAAGAAUGACUCUUUUCCCCCUGACACAAGCUGCAUGUUACGUCCGCCUUGGACAUUUCAUUGUUUUUCAACGCAUAGGUUUUUUACACUCGCACGUUCUCGCUGCACGUAAUGAGCAUUACUUGCUGCGUCUCUGAUAAAUCUUUCGUUUUUAAAACAUAGUUUCAUUAAAUAGUUUUAAAGGCCAGUAAGAGUAUUGCAAGCGUGUUGUACUCAUAUCAGCACUGCUCAAGUAAGAUUGGUUGGUUCCGUCGUAAUUGAAGGUUGUUUUUUAACCAUGCAACCGUUUGCUUAAAAGUGCAACAUGAAGCCUACACCCAAAAGCAAGGUAACCUACAAAGAGCAAAAGUUUUUCCAGCGUGCAAUUUGCUGCGGCUAAAGACCAGGUUUCAGAAGCAUGUUGCGGAUGACGAAUGAACGAAAAGCCGAUGUUUUCCGUUGUUGCUUUGGUUCGAAAAUUCAAGGCCUCCCAGAAAUUCGCCGGUAUUAGGUCGUUCUGCAGCAUCAGCAUGGAGCAUGACAUAGCUUUUAAUCAAACGGAUCAAUACCAAAAUCGGCCACAGCAGGAAGAUGCUAAGAAUAUAUAGACAUAACUUGUUACGUUACAUAUGUAAUCUUUUGAACGUUUUUUUAUUUAAUCGUUUUGUAGGAUACGCGUCACGUUUCAAAAUGUGGUAACCGUUACAUGAGCUUGUUAAGUAAUGUGGUAAGCUAGCGUGCCCUGCUUACAACGGUGGCCGAUGUUAACAUUCGAUUCUUUUCGUUUUUAAAAUGAGCUUUUUUGGUUUUUUAACAGUACUUCUCUUGAGGAAAACUUUUGAAGCGGUUUUCAGCAAGUUGACAAAAUUAGCACAGUAAGGUGUGUGGUGGUAUGUGUGAGCAACUGAUCGGCUCCAAUAAUCUGCUCCAAAGCAAGGAGGCCAGUGUGUCCGUAAAUGCGUAGUCAGGACGGAACAGAAAGAAAUUCAAUAUACAGAGAAAGGUAGUACCGAAAGUUCGAUAUAUUUAUUCUACGGAGCCCCCCUCUGCAUAUUGUGAAGAAAAUGCGCUUCGUUAGGAAGGAACGAGAAGGCGAUCCAUGAGAUGGCAUCCAGCGUUAAACGACGUUUGUCAAAUAAAUUAUGAAAAGAUAUUUAAUUUUCUAGAACCUAUUACUAACAACAGUUUGAACAAUAUUCGGUGACGAAACUUCCAUGAGAAAAUGUAUAAAACCAAAACUUGUAACGAAUUGUUUUCUCAGAUAUUAGAGUCUCGACUAAUAAAGACACGCGAUUGUGUGUGUGAGUGUU